GAAACCGUAUAUGGCGGUCCUAAACAAAAACACUUGCUCUCAUAGGCCACGUAACAUUAGUUACUUUGGUUUAAAGAGUAGCCGAUACGUCUUUUAAGACAGCUCCAGUAAUGCUAUGAGCUGCUGAACGCUUGACUGAAGUUGCAAAGUCUCCUCCAUCAGGUGGCAUCCAUGAUAAGGAGACACCAUGGUGCGUUUGACGGUAGAUCUGAUUGGUAAAUCUCACAACCACUUCAAAAAGAAAAGAGGCCUCGCUUUUCCAGAGUACCUGAAAACACUGACCCAUCUCCACUUCUCAAAUAAAAACAUUGAGGACAUAGGUGAUCUCUCGCUGUGCAGGAACCUGACUGUGCUUUACCUGUAUGAUAAUCAAAUCUCAGAUAUCUACAACCUCAGUUUUGCUUACAACCUGACACAUCUCUAUAUGCAAAACAACAGUCUUACUAGAAUAGAUAAUUUAUCCAACCUGAAGAAACUCACCAAACUGUAUCUGGGUGGGAACAAGAUUGCAGUGGUAGAGGGCCUGAAUGAGCUCACUGAGCUCAAAGAACUUCAUCUGGAGAAUCAGAGGCUGGCACCAGGGGAAAAGUUGCUCUUUGACCCCAUGACGCUCCAUGCUCUGGCAAUGUCUCUCUGUGUCUUGAAUAUUAAUAACAACAACAUUGAUGAUCUGAGGGACCUGACGGCUCUGACUGAGCUACAGCAUUUUUCUGCCACUGAUAAUAGGCUGGACAACAUUGUGGACUUAGAGGAUGUGCUGAGCAACUGGCCUAACUUGGUUCAAAUGGAUUUAAGUGGGAACCCUAUGUGUAAAAAGCAUAAGUACAGAGACCGACUCAUAAUUGUAUGCAAAAAACUUGUGAUUCUUGAUGGAAAAGAAAUAAAAGAGAUGACACGACAAUUUCUUAUAAAUUGGAAGGCAUCCAAAGAGGCAAAGAAAAAUAAUAAUAAACACAUGCUGAUCCCAGACCCCAUAAAUGAUUAUGGCAAUACUUACGUCUACAACUGGAUGCCACAAGUCACCCUAAAGACACAAAGACUGAUGCUUCCAUGAGUGAGCUUUGCAGUGAUUUCACUCUCCAUUUCAAGUCACAACGGGGCAGCACCCUGACCCCUCCACCCACUCAACACAGAUCAUUUGGAGCUACCUUUGUUUUAGUCAUAAGUCAAACAAUUAUACUGUUUUUAUUUCUACACAAUGCUAGACCUGGCUUAGUUGUUUCACCCAUAAGAAAAAUCAUUAUUUGACACCACAAAUGUAAAAAUACAGUAAUAAAUGAUCUGCCCUUUUGUUGGCAUCUGGUUUCUUUCUAAGCCUGAUUUAAAGGUUUUAGGCACAUAAUCCAUCUAACAAAACCAUCAUUUAUAAACAAUCCUGCACUUUUUAUGUGAACUGUUAAUUCUUCAUCCUCUUUUCCUGUGGAUUAAGAACUAAAUGAUCCUGAGUGGCAUAAUUGAUGAUCCUUAAGUCUUAUUUCAACAAGGCUUUACUUUAUCUGAAGUUAACAAAAUAUAUUGAAACUCGCUCAACUGUGACAAUAGUUAAAGGGUCCUUUUAUAAUAGUAUUCGGAUGUAUUCUAAUUACCAUGGUAUGUUUGAAUGAGUUUGGGGAGCCGCAUGGUUGCAUAACCCCUGAAAGAUAUAGGGUAAUUAGGGAAACAAGCUUAUUUAACCCUAUUCUGCAGCCUUGCCUUAUAAUUAGUGGCCGGGAGCAAUAGUGUUACCCCAUCCUUACACAAACAACAUUUAAUAAGAACAGUCUGAGGAUAUACAUAUUCUGAAUAAUCCCAUUCAUUAAUUUGCCGACAUCUCCGUUUGGUGCCAUGAAAAUCAGAGUGAUUAAUUUAUGAGGCUCACAAGAAUUUCCUCAAUGGCUGCCUGUUGAUUGCAAAUCUGGACUUUAUUUAUUAGCUGUUCCAAAGACCUUGCAAUUCAAGACACCUUGGCAAUUAGUCAAAUGUUUUGCAUAUCGCUUUACGCAUGUCAGUUUGUCUUCAUGGUCAGUUGCAAAUAGCAUUUUGAUUUAGAUAGAUGUGACGAACACAUUUACGGGCAAGUUUAGACCAAAUCCCCCCUUUAUUGCUACUCUUUGAUAGGCCGGUGCAAAUGAAUUGUCAUGUUUGCAACCAAUUAGAGUGGGCCGCCCAAUCACUGUGCGUAAAGUCCUGCCUCUGGCUUUAGAAAUGACUCUCUGCUGCCAUCGCACCGAGAGAAGUUGCGUAGUGUCUUUAGUGCAAGUGUAGAGUAGACAUAACGUGAUUUAUUACGUCGAACUAAAACGCUUAUACAUCGCUCCGUGUAACCAAUAAAUUAAAGGCUCUCGAGACGUGAGCUCACAGGUGAACAGUUGGAUACUCGAACUGGAACUUGGGAACAUCUCUUCUGGAGACGCAACACUUUAUUCGGCUCCAGUGGAACCGUGACAACUAUUUUUCAACAAAAAAGACAAAUUAAUUGUUUUUAGGAAAGAAUUAACAGCUUUCAUGUUGUUUGUAAGGACAGAACAAACUGUUACAGGUAAGAGUAUUUUACGGUAAAAUAGUAGUUCCUGAAGAAAAUGUAUUGUAUGUAACUUACUGAUAACUUUUUAUAAACAUCAAAUUACAAAAUAAAUAGAUAUGAUCAAAUAAAAUAAUGCAUAUGUCCUAAAUUAUUUUAGAUUUAUUUCAAAGGUACGCCAAGUUAAAAAUCCGUAAAACUCAUGUGGUGUGUGUGCU